UGUAGGUCCACGUGUGGCAGCAGGCAGCCACGGUUGUCUGUUCACUUUCUUUCACUGAGCUUUCAUUUCGCACCAUGGUCAAAGCUAUCUUCACUGCCCCAGAGCAAGGUACCGUCGUGCAGCCUAUAUACCAGUACUCCGACGAGCAACAAGCCCAUAUAAAGGCAUUACGUGAGUAUGCAGAUACCCUGCUUCUGGACCCAUCAGACCCGUACCAUAACUGGGAGCUGCGAUGGUUAAACAAGCCAGAUACCAUGCCUCGGUACAUGCGCGCGGCAAAAUGGAAACUCCCUGAUGCGAAGCGUAGAAUAGAGGGAACCAUCAAAUGGAGGAGGGAAUUCCAACCAGAGCUAAUCAAACCUGAUGAUGUGAAGAUAGAAGCCGGGACAGGGAAGAUCAUCUUAAAUGGGUUCGAUAAAGAUGGCAGGCCCAUAAUCUACAUGCGCCCUGGUCGCGAAAAUACCGAAACCAGUCCUAGGCAGUUAAGACACCUCGUUUGGUGGUUAGAACGUGCAAAGGAUUUGAUGCCCCCAGGACAAGAGUCACUGGUUAUCAUCGUAGAUUAUAAAUCCACGACGCUUCGCACCAACCCUUCGAUAUCCGUUGCCAGUAAAGUACUUACGAUCCUUCAGCAACACUACGUAGAAACUCUCGGCAUUUCGCCAUUCUUGGAUCCUGUCACACGGGACAAGAUGAGGUUUAAUCCUGAUCUUCUUGAACUGAUUCCAAAGUCUCAGCUGGACUCUGAAUUUGGGGGUGAUUUUGACUUCGAGUUCGAUCACGAGACAUACUGGAAAGAAAUCGUCGAUUUCUGCGGCAUUGCUGAAGACGGCACCCGCUUAGAAGGCUAUUUCGACGGACCAAAGAAUAUUCAUGGAGAACUGCCUUCACAACAUUCCGAUACUGCAUCACCCACUUCCACCUCGUCCACCACUGCGUCUGUUACGUCCGCUAGCGAGAUUGUUUCACCCGAAAUGGUACCCGCUGCCCCAGAGUUAACGGAGUCAUUGUAGAUCACUCAGGGAUAUUUUUUGAUGAUUGUACACUAUACACAGCACUGUAAUUCAACAUAGCAGCGCAGCGCCUAUAUAACAUGGUCUUCGAACCCUUGCUACAGAUAUUCUGUGCCUUGUAAUAGCAUAUUGUAUUUAUUCCAUUGCUCAGCGCUCAGUUACC